AUGGGCGUGAAAGUAGCAACAACCUCCACCUUCCAUCAAUGGGUGUCUCAUCCCACACUUCAUCAUUCCUCUUCCCUCUCUCAAACCCUAGCUUCGAGACGACGUAGCAUCGGAAACGUGUCAUGUCGCUCGGUGGUGCAGAGCCAGAGGCUUAACCCUCUCUUCGGGAAGAAUCUCCGGCACUCCAAGUCUUGUGAGCUCUGGGAAUCAUCGAGACCCGCUACUAAAACUCAAUUGAUUCGCAGAGCUUUCAGCCCAAACGUGGAUCCGUUUUCCGAGGAAGAGUUUGCGAAACAGAUGCAGGAGCUCGCUCUCAAAUUCCAACUCUCCGACGAAUCGGAGAAGACAACCGAUGAUUCAGUUGACCAUCGAUCGAUCGACAUCGUAGGAAGUCAAUUAUUCAGUAUAAUGGACGGUGUUGACAAAUCCAAUCCAAGGUCAGAUUCAAUGGAACCUCCGUGGCCGGAGAUGGUGCAAAUGUCGAACAUCGAGAGGAAAGCGAACAGCGUCGAUCUCCCUCUCUCGCUUCGGAUCAUAAAGAGAAAGCUACAGAUGGAGGAAGGAGCUAAACAAGUCGGCGAAUCAGCGACCUGCUCUGUGAAGAGAGCCUUCUCGUCGAUGGUGUUUAUGAUUCGAGAGCUCCAGAGCUUCGCACUGCACAUGAGAGAGCUUCUUCUCUUCGAAGAUCUGCAAGGAAUUUUGCUUCGCGUGAGAAAAGAAAUGCACGCGUCGUUCGUCUGGCUGUUCCAGCAAGUUUUCUCCGCGACUCCGACGUUGAUGGUCUCUGUUAUGAUCCUCCUCGCCAAUUUCACUGUUUACUCUAUCGGCAGCAACUCCGCCUUAGCCGCCGUCGCAACGCCUCAUCCUCCGGCAGCAGCCACCGUCUCUUUCAUCUUCGAGACGACGGAGCUGAGCGAAUCGGAUAAUAAAUUUGAUUCCUCGAUGAUUAAGACGUUCUCUGUUUCUUCAUCUUUCGUCGGCGGUGGCAGCGGAGGGAACAACAAUAUCCCGCCGGUGCAGAGCGGAACAGACGGAGACGGAUCUGAUCAAUUCAGAAUACCAUCGUCAUCUCUCGGCGGAACAGCCGCGGAUUCGGAGGCGUCUGUGUCCGGGCAGGAGGAAAUUAGGCUGUGGAAAUCGAUCGUGGAGGAAUCGGAGAAAAUGGAGGCGUUGGAUCACGAGACGAUGAAGCAGAUGGUGUCUCCGGUGGAGGCUCGGUUAGAGGCAGAGGAGUCCAUGGAUUACUUCAAGACGGAGCUUCUCUACCAAACGGGAUUGUCUCAGCAGCCCGAUAACGUUCUUCUCCUCGCUAAUUACGCCCAGUUUCUAUACCUAAUCAUCCAUGACUACGACAGAGCGGAGAAGUAUUUCAAGAGAGCAACGAAAGCAGAGCCAGCGGACGCAGAGGCGCUGAAUAAGUACGCCACGUUCCUGUGGAAAGCGAGAAACGAUAUUUGGAGAGCAGAGGAAACGUUUCUAGAAGCGAUCUCUGCGGAUCCAACAAACUCCUUCUACUCUGCGAACUACGCACAUUUCCUUUGGAACACCGGUGGUGAUGACACGUGUUUCCCUCUCGAUGCUCCACCACAACAGAACACCACCUAA